GGAGAUUUUUACUCGUAGUCAUUGCCACCCUGGCGGCAUAUAAAAUAGCUGGGAAUUAGAUUCCGAGUUUCUCACACUCAAAGGCAAGGCAGGCAGCCUCUCUAAACUCGACUAGUUGGGCAACGAAUCAGAAAUCAAGCAGCAGUCUCAGAAAAGAGAAGAAGAAAGUUCCAGCCAAAGCCACAACUGAUUUCUCAAUGGCAGCUGUUUCAGGCAAAGGACUCACCAUUACUCACGCCAUCUUCGACAUGGACGGUCUCUUACUUGAUACAGAGAAGUUCUACACUGAAGUCCAGGAAGUUAUUCUUGCUAGAUUUAAUAAAACUUUUGAUUGGUCUCUUAAGGCAAAAAUGAUGGGGAAGAAAGCAAUAGAAGCAGCUCGAGUCUUUGUUGAAGAGACUGGGAUCAGUGAUUCUCUUUCAGCUGAGGAUUUCCUUGUAGAAAGAGAGGCGAUGCUGCAGAAAUUGUUUCCAACAAGUGAGCUCAUGCCAGGGGCUAGCCGUUUGAUUGAACACCUCCAUGCAAAAGGAGUACCAAUUUGCUUGGCAACAGGAAGCCACAGGCGGCAUUUUGAGCUAAAAACACAAAGACAUGGUGAUCUUUUUAAACUGAUGCAUCAUAUUGUUCUUGGUGAUGAUCCAGAAGUUAAACAAGGCAAGCCAUCACCAGAUGUAUUCUUUGCUGCAGCUAGAAGGUUUGAGGGUUGGCCAAUAGAUUCACAGAAAUUUCUUGUUUUUGAAGAUGCACCUGCAGGAGCUCUUGCAGCUAAAAAUGCUGGGAUGUCUGUGGUUAUGGUUCCAGAUCCGAGGCUCGAUAGCUCUCACCACGCCAUAGCAGACCAAGUUCUGAGCUCCUUAACAGAAUUCAACCCAAGUGAGUGGGGUUUGCCUCCAUUUGAAAGUGCAGAAAUCUAAACUGUGCUUCAUGACCCUCAAACCUUUCGUUGUUGCAAACAGAAGAAAAACUGUAUCAAUUGAUUCUUAACCUUGAUCAUUCUCCAGCUUAAGGUAUUAUUUAUAUGCUCUCGACCACAUUAAUAAAUAUGGAAAGUGAUUCCCUAGCUCUAUAGCAGAUUGCUUUGCUUGUGGUUGAGAUAUUUUUCCCCUCCUUUUCUGCUUCUAUGGAAAAGAAGAUGGUAGUGGUGUAACAUAGACAUAGCGGUAGCAUAACUGCUUUGAUUGAAGGUGGUUGCCGUUAUGGGGAACCGCACUAGAGGUGGUAACAGCGUUGACGUGACACUGUAGAUUUGGUUGAAUUUCCAAGAAUGACCGUGCCUGGUCGGAUAUAUCACCAUUGUACCACACAUCUACAACGUUAGUGGUGGAAUGGAUCAACGGAUGUGAGACCUUGUAACAACCAAAGCCGCCAUACCUCGUACUCUUUUCCAACUCUCAA